AUGUUUCAGUAGACCAAGUUGUGUUUCAUAUGAUAGUAUAUAAAAAAUUCAAGUCUUUGCCUUGUUGACCGGCAAAUACUUGAUUUUGGCUUUGUUUCCUCGUCUAUUCCUUGGACACUAUUCUCAUGAUAGCAAUACAUGACCUAAUAGCCUUUGGAUUCCUCCUUUUGAUUUUUUCUUCAUUUUGAAUAUUUCCUCACAUGUUUCGAAAACUCACAGCAAGUUCUUCCCAUGAUCAUAGAUGGUUCAGCCUCAAAAGUGUAUAUAAGUAUGUGUAACAACAAUGUUGUAGUGCAAUUCAAGUUAGCAAACAAGCUUGCUAGAACUUGAUUCCAUUUCUCACAACAAUUUUAUCAUGAGGAAAUCUGAAGACCUUGAGCAAGUUUUCCAUUACUUUGAUGAAGAUGGUGAUGGGAAAGUAUCAGCCUCCGACUUGAGACAUGGCUUGAGUCUUAUGGGUGGAGACCUAUUUUCAAAAGAGAUUGAGGUCGCAAUGGAGGCAUUGGAUUCUGAUGGAGAUGGUUUCUUGGGUUUAGAAGAUUUUAUUGGGCUAAUGGAAGGAGGAGAAGAGGAAGAGAAGAUAAAGGAUUUGAGAGAGGCUUUUGCAAUGUAUGAUAUGGAAGGUUGUGGCUUUAUUACACCCAAGAGUUUGAAAAGAAUGCUCAGCAGAUUGGGUGACUCAAAGUCGAUUGAAGAGUGCAGAGUGAUGAUCAAUCAGUUUGAUUUGAAUGGAGAUGGUGUGCUUAGUUUUGAAGAAUUUAGAAUUAUGAUGCUGUAAUCAUUUUAGACAUCCCCUGUGUGAUGAUUAGAUUUUUAAUGUGUGUCAAUCAUUUUAGGCAUCCCCUGAGUGAUGAUUAGAUUUUUAAUGUGUGUAUCAAUAUUUCUUUCAAUUCACCAGUUUCUAAAAUAUACAGUUGCAAUGUUGUUUUCAACUGAAUUUUAUUAGUGUUAAUUAUUCUUUACUAGUAUUACUUCAUAGUAUAAAG